GGCGGCCGGAACGCUUCUUCUCGGUGUCGGGGAGCGAGUUCCGCGGGGAAGCGUUCCGGGGUGCACCGGGCGUAAUGGCGGCGCCCAGCGCUCGCUGCCUGUGGCGAGCACUGGCCCCGCGCUGCGGGCGGCUCCUCCCCGGGCUGGAGCAGCUCCUCGCCGUCCCCGCCGUGCUGAGCCCCGCCGCCGCCCGGCCCUACGCGGCCGCAGCCAAAACCGCCAAAAAAGAUGCCAAGAGGCCCAGGAAGGAGAAGGUGAAGGAGAAAGCCCCGCCUCGGAGGCGGCCGCUGAUGGCCAUGCCCGUGGACGAUGUGUACCUGACGUGGCUCUACAAGAGACCCUCCUACGAGCUGGAGCAGGCCGUGGGCAUGCUGAAAAGAUUCCAGGAGCUGGAUUUCACCCACCCCAAGCAGUUUGUGUACAUCAAUGUGUUCCUGGAUAUGGCUCUGCAGAAGAAGAAAAAAGUGGAUCCUUUUUCCAGCAGUGUCACUCUUCCCCAUCGCUUUACAGACGAGGUGAACAAGGUUUUGGUGUUCACAGAGAAUGAGCAAGAAGCUGAAAUAGCUCGAGAGCACGGAGCUGCCAUCGUGGGAGGACUGGAAUUAAUCAAAUGGAUCUUGGAGGAUGAAAUCCAAGCUGAUUUCUACGUGGCCGUCCCUGCCAUAAUACCCAAGUUAAUACCCCUGAGGAACAAACUGAAAAGGAAGUACCCCAGCAGCAAGAGGAAUUCCCUGGGCAGUGACAUUCCCAAAAUGGUGCAGUUCUUCAGAGAAUGUCACGAGUACAAGGUAGAGGACGAGGAUAUAAUCAAGACAAGAAUAGCCAGGCACCUUGUGCUGCUCUGGAGAGCAGUGUUCAAAACUUCAGGAUUGGUGUGCAUCCACAAGGAUUUGGUGUGGAAAGCUGGCUUGGAAGCUGGGAUAUUUAUUUCGCUGUGGGAACUAUUUUUGAAAACAUUUUCUGAGAGCAGCCAGCCUGGAGACGUGGAGAGGAGGGGUGGAGUGACCAGCUUGGUGGUGGACUUUUGUUUCCUAGAUCCCAUUGUGCGGAGGUUGGUUAUCAGAUCUUCCACCAGUGAAGGUUUGCUGCUGAACCUCGAUGGAAUCCUGCCUCAGGUGGAGAAAGUAGAAGAAAAAGAAGAAGAGAAUGCAGUGGAUGAAGAUGAACAAAAGCCAGCUAACCAAGAGUCCAUUAGUACCUGAUGUCUUCCCCUUGCUCUAGCAGGGGGAGCAGAUGGUGUCAUUCAAAUCAUGCUCUGUGAGAAGAAAAAAUAAAUGGGACUUGUGGAUUUCAGGUGUAAA